GUAAUGUAUCAAUGCGCCCGGCACCCGCUCGCUCCGGGAUCCUGAAGCACGGACUCGCGGAGAGGAGCAGCGUCGCUUCCUUGCAGGAUUUAUUUGUUUGUGGAAAAAUUUCUCUUUUGUUUUCCGUUCUAGAGCAGCGCGCAUUCCGAAUGCCGACAACUCGCUCGUACGGCCCUCCUCCACUCGCCAGGCUUUGCAUGUGUUGCUUUUGUCCUGCAAGAGAGAAGGCAGGCUUUGUUUUUUGGUGGAUCUAGAGCUGAAGGAGGCAGUUCCAGGCGCUGCUGCUGCUGUGGGCUGGACCGGCCACGGAUGGGAAGGCGUCAGACUGCACUUAAACAGAGUGUUGGGUCCGUGAGGACAGCCAUGUGGAGACCUGUUACAGCUCCGUUGGAAGACACUUCAAGUGGUCUGCCAGUUUGUUUCCCUUAAACGUGGGCUGCAUUUGGAAGUUUGGAUACUUUCCAGUUUGGCAACCCUUAACAGAAUUCGAUUUUGGAUUUCUGUGCUUGUGGAUAUAUGCAUUUAUCCUUCUGGAAUCUCAUGUGCGUAUCGCACUCCAAGCAAAGUCACAUAGCAUCAGCCGGUUUUGGAAUUUGGAUAAUUGCUCAUCCCUCACUGGAGUACAGUUAUUGAGCUUUCCAUUACAGGUGUUUGUUUGGAAAUCGUUCUGCAUCCACCUCUGAGCGCAGGCCGAGAGCCUCCUAACAGGAAGUGUUCGCUUGAGUGUGUCAUCUGGUGAAAUGGAUGGCCCGAGGUGCAGCGGGAUCCGGAAAAAGCGGAAGUCUCGGUCGGUGCGAGACCAGGAGCACGUGUCUAACGGGAUCAAGAAUAACCAUGUCCGGGGCACCGUGCUUCGAUUCUCCUCAGAUUCGGAGAGGGAAGACAGCACCAACCCCUCCUCUUCCUCACGACCCAGGCCACCGAGGAGGAAGAGGAAGGAGUCUACCUCUGCUGAGGAGGACAUCAUUGACGGAUUCUCAAUAUCGGGAUUUAUGACGCUGGAAGCUCUUGAGAAGGACAUGACCCUGAAGCCUCACGAGCGGAGACAGAACCAGGCAGGACCGCUGCGCAAGAAGAAGCCCGGCCGAGUGCCGAACAGGCUGAGCAUGAACCUGCACAAGGACCGACUCAACCACAACAACUACCAGCACCACCACUCUGACCAGGAGAACAACCCUCGCCUGGCCCAUACACACAGCAAGAAGAAGAAACACCGACCUCUGAAGCCGGGCCAGAACAACUGUAAAGACAGCGAUAGCGAGAGCGUGAGUGGAGAAUCCAAACCCUGCAUCCGGAGCAGCUCCAGAGAUAGACUGACAGACUGUGACACCGAGAGUGACCAAGAAGACAAGGGCUCAGAUGCCAGCUCAGAGAAACUCUUCAGCACAGCUGCAGUUAAAGUUCCAGAUUUUAGCAUUGACACGCUCUCCAAUGCCAGCCAGGAGCUGCGAGGCCUGGGCAUUCCCAAGGUGUCAGGCCUAGAGCGCAGUCAAGAGAAGAGCCAGGAUCAGCACCCAUCUGAGCCUCCACUUCACCCAAGGCCACCUCGAACUCCAAGCAUCUACCACCACCCCCCAUCACCAGUGCUACCGACCCAGCAGAACCCCACCCAACCUGUGCAGCACAUACCGCCCUCACGGUGCCAUCCGCGUCCAAUCUCGGCCUACAGCAGCAGCCUUACCCUCAACGGCCUGAGCACUGCAGAGAAAACCCCAGCUGAGAGAUUAGAUGAACAAGACCUUCUCCGGCAGGAAUUAAACACUCGUUUCCUGGCAUCUCAGAGUGCUGAUCGCGGGGCAUCAUUGGGCCCCCCUCCAUACCUGCGGACUGAGUUCCACCAGCACCAGCACCAGCAUCAGCACCAGCACACACACCAACACACACACCAGCACACCUUCACUCCUUUCCCCCACGCCAUCAUGCCCACGCCUGCACCGCCCAUGGUGCGUACCCCAGCCAGAAAUUUCGACAAAUAUCCCACUAAAGUCGACCCCUUCUACAGACACAGCCUGUUCCACUCUUACCCCCCAGCGGUGUCUGGCAUUCCGCCCGUCAUCCCACCGACGGGGCCCUUCGGAUCUUUGCAGGGAGCGUUCCAGCCCAAGACCUCAAACCCUCUAGACGUGGCAGCCAGGCCUGGAGCCGUCCCACACACACUCCUUCAGAAAGACCCUCGGCUGUCAGAUCCGUUCCGGCCGGUUCUCAGGAAACCAGGAAAGUGGUGUGCUAUACAUGUCCAUAUAGCCUGGCAAAUUUACCACCACCAACAGAAAGUAAAGCAGCAGAUGCAGGUUGACCCACACAAGCUGGACUUUGGCCUCAAACCGGAGUUCCUAAGUCGACCCCCAGGCCCCACCCUUUUUGGAGCUAUCCAUCACCCUCAUGACUUGGCACGACCUGCAUCGUUUUUCUCAGCAGCAG